UAUAACAAAACAAGGCGAAACAAAAAAAAAAAUUAAAUCAAAAAGAAAACCUAAACAAAAUUAUCAAACGAUGGCGACGACGGAGAUGAACGAGAACCUGAUCACCUCCUUCCUCGAGAUCACAUCCUCAUCCCGAGAAGAAGCUACGUUCUUCCUCGAAAGCCACCGCUGGGAUCUCGACGCCGCCGUCUCCACAUUCCUCGACAACGACGCCACGGCCUCCGCCGCCAACGCCAACGAUCUCCCGACCGGUCCAAACCCUAGCUUACCCCCUCCUUCGAUCCCCGCCGCGUCACCUCACUCUCCGGACUACUCUCCGUCCGAAUCCUCUCCUUCCCGCUCCCGAUCUCCCUCUCCCCCUUCCCGCGACGCUCCCUACCGUCUCCGAUCGAAGGCCGCCGCUGCCUCCGAGAAUCAAGGAGCUGGUAAUCCCUCUGGGAGCAGGAACACUAGGAGCCGUCAGCAAGCUGGGAACAUCCGUACGUUCGCCGAUCUGAAUCGUUCUCCCGCCGACGGCGCGGGUAGUGACUCUGAUGAAGGCCAAGAGUACUACACCGGUGGACAGAGGAGUGGGAUGAUGGUACAAGAUCCUAAGAAACCGAAAGAUGUUGAUGCACUCUUUGAGCAAGCUAGGCUUUCAGCUGUGGACAGACCUGUUGAGCCAUCGAGAUCAGCUGCUUCCACGAGCUUCACUGGAGCUUCGAGGAUGUUGUCUGGUGAACCUGUUCCUCCCUCUGCUCCUCAGCAACAGCAAGACCAGCCUCAGUUGGUUAUGCAUACCAUCACUUUCUGGAGGAACGGUUUCACCGUUGAUGAUGGUCCUUUAAGGAGGGUCGAGGACCCUGAAAACGCUGACUUUAUGGAUAGCAUUGCAAGGUCAGAGUGCCCACGUGAACUUGAACCAGUAGAUAGGAAGAUCCGUGUUCAUGUUGAUCUCGUCAAGCGUGAAGACAACUACAUAGAACCACCAAAGCCCAAAAACUCAUUCCAAGGUGUAGGAAGAACCCUAGGAGCCAGCGGAUCCGGAUCAGCUGCUGCUGCAGAACCACAAGCUCCACCCGCACAAAUGAACACCGCACCAGCACCAUCACUAGGGCUAGUCGUGGACCAAGCAGCGCCAACAACUUCGAUCCAGCUAAGGCUGGCAGACGGGACACGCCUUGUGUCCAGGUUCAACAACCACCACACUGUGAGAGAGGUGCGUGGGUUCAUCGACGCUUCGAGACCCGGCGGCUCCAGAGAGUACCAGUUGUUAACAAUGGGGUUCCCUCCUAAACAGUUGACAGACUUGGACCAAACCAUCGAGCAAGCCGGUAUAGCUAACUCGGUCGUCAUCCAGAAGUUCUAAUAGCUUUAUUCAGAUUUUAAGACCCAUUCAGUUUUUUUUUUCUAAGUGUUUGAGAACCUUUAUCGAUGAUUCAACAACGUUAGGAUUUGGAUAAUUUGAGAGAAUCAUCAAAUCUCUCUUUCUUUUUAAAUUCACCUUUUGUGCAAAAUCAA